AUGAAGAGCCUCGUUGUUCAGAGGCAACGGUAUGGUGUAUUCAGCGACGAAUCUGGAACCCGAAGCCGCGAUGUUUCGAGCAUAGGCAGGUUCCUCGAGGGACGCAAUGAUGUGGGUUUCCCCGAGGAAGCAGUCGGACGAUUGGAUCUGUCAUCAGUGGGGCACCGGCUAAGCCGCGGUUUCGUCAUCAACAGGCGCGAGUCACAGGGAUAUAGAGCUAUAUACACUCCAGCCCCUCUGACCCUGGAUCCGAGCACAGCGAAUCCCCGCCUCAUCCUGUCUGAGGACCGGACCAGUGUGAGACUCGGAGACGAAACUCUGCCGCUCCCUGAAUCCCCGGAGAGAUUUGAUUCAUGGCUCUGUGUGCUGGGAUCAGAGGGAUUCACAUCAGGGAGACAUUACUGGGAGGUGGAGGUGGGAACCAAGACCGAAUGGAUUUUAGGGGUGUCCCGAGAGUCUGUCAACAGGAAAGGGAUUAUAGUUCCGAGGCCUAAACAUGGUUAUUGGAUUUUGUGGCUCAAUCCUGGAAGAGGUUAUUUUGCCGUCACAUCUCCCUUAUUGACUCCCCUCAUUUUGAGUGUGAAUCCCCGGAAGAUCGGGGUUUUCCUGGACUAUGAGGGUGGACAGGUGUCAUUUUACAAUGCGGACAACAUGUCGCAUCUCCACACUUUCACUCACACUUUCACUGAGAGAAUAUUUCCCAUCUUCAGUCCGGGAUGGAACGAGGACGGGAGUAACUCCACCCCGCUGACAAUCUGCGGACUAAAGGGCACUGACAGAUCCAUCCCAUAA